UUAUCAUGGGAUCAUCGUAAAUUUGCUCUUUUUCACAGGCUAAAAUUGGAAGUUCCUUGGUUCCGAUAAUUUUGAUUGUUUUGGUGUUGCAUCAGAGAAUGGAAGGAGCGUUGAACGAAUUAAAAGAUUUGAAAGAGUUUUACGACCCGGACACAGUGGAUUUAAUGACAUUUAUUAAUGAGAAAACGGGAAAAGGGAGAUCUUUCAGUGGAAGUAUGCAACUUAUGGCUGCAGUGAAAUUGUGUACAGACAGACCAAUAACAAAUCAUCCACAUUACGAAAAUAAAUUAUUGAGACUACGAACAAAGGAGAUCUAUCAAAUUUAUGCCAAGCGAACGCCAAAAGACGUCUAUCAUUUGCUGCGAAAGCAUGGGACUGACUAUGUGAUCUUAGAAAAUAGUAUUUGUUAUUCUCGACAAGAGUUAGGUUGUAAGAUUAAAGAUAUCUUAGAUUAUAAUAACGGUCAUGUUAUAGAGGUGGAGUUGCCGACAGGGUCUGGUACAUAG